GCAAGCGAAGGCGGCCGUCUCCAUGCCCCGCUGCAGAGACUGGGCGAGUCGGGGCCGCUCCUGCCUCGGGGCCGCGGAGCCCCUCGCCCGCCCCUAACAUGCGGCCGGGGCGCCUGCUGGCGGCGCCACGCGUGAACCAUGCCAGGCUUGGCAGAAGAAGAGGGGACGCAGCAGCCGGGGGCGGGAGAGCUCCCCACGCUCACCCCCGCGGGGGGACCCCCUCGGGAAGAGCAGCGCCCCCUGAAGCAAUCUCUGAGCAGCUCCCUCUGCCGUGAGUCCCACUGGAAAUGCCUGGUGUUGACGCUGCUGAUGUACGGCUGCUUUGGCGUCAUGGCUUGGUGCCGCCUCUCGACAGUAACACGCCUGAACUACGUCGACUCCUACCGCGACGCCUCCCUGGUCUACCACGACAGCCCUUGCUCCAACGGCUACAUCUACAUCCCCCUGGCCUUCCUGGGGAUGCUGUACGUGGUCUACCUGGUGGAGUGCUGGCACCGCUUUGCCAAGGGCCAGAUGCAGUUCCGCGUGGACACGGCCAGCGUCUACGAGAAGGUGCAGCGCAUGCAGCAGGCCACGCCCUGCAUCUGGUGGAAGGCCAUCAGCUACCACUACAUCCGCCGCACACGGCAGGUCACCCGCUACCGCAACGGCGACGCCUACACCACCACGCAGGUCUACCACGAGCGGGUCAACACGCACGUGGCUGAGACCGAGUUCGACUACGCGGGCCACGGCGUGAAGGACGUCUCCAAGGAGCUGCUGGGCCUCUCCGAUUACCCCGUCACCAAGCUGCGCUUCACCAAGUGCUUCAGCUUCGCCACGGGGGAGGCCGAGGCGGCCUACCUCACGCAGCGGGCCCGCUUCUUCGGCGAGAACGAAGGCCUGGACGACUACAUGGAGGCCCGGGAGGGCAUGCACCUCAAGAACGUGGACUUCAAGGAGCACAUGAUGGUCUUCCCCGACCCUGGGCGCCCCCCCUGGUACACCCGCCGGUGGGUCUUCUGGCUGGCCUCGUUCCUCCUCCUCUCCUGGCCCUUGCGGGUGCUGGCAGAAUACCGCACCGCCAACGUCCACUACCACGUGGAGAAACUCUUUGGGGCGGACGACGGGCCCAGCCCGCUGGACGCGGUGGGAGGCUACGUCCGGCGCAUCUCCCGCGUCAACACCGUGGACAUGACCGAGCUCGAGUGGCACAUCCGCUCCAACCAGCAGCUGGUGCCCAGCUACUCGGAGGCCGUGCUCAUGGACUCCACCGUGGUGGCUGGGGCGGCCUACCUGCGCAGCUGCCAGCGCUGCCGCCGGACUGUCAGCAGCAACUCCUUGCCCUCGCGCGGCACCCGGGCCCUCUAUGCCCGGCUGCCCUUCAGCUGCAGCCGCUUCUCGCUGAGCGGAGCCCGGCGCUGCGGGGGGAUCCUGCGCAGCCUGAGCGGCAGCCACGUGGGCAGCAGCAUCGAGACGGAGCCCCUCGAGAGCCCCCCCUGCUACCAGGACGCGCUCUACUUCCCUGUGCUGAUCGUGCACGGCGGGGAGGGCUGCCACCGCAACGGGCAGAGGCCGGGUCCCGCGGGGAGGGCCUCGGGGACUCCGCUGUGACCCCAAAGAGAGAGAGAGAGGAGCCCCACCGGGUGGGAAGAAGAAAUGGAAAAGGAACCCAAAAGCCUCCGCCCUGGCUUGCUUCCCUUAUUACCUGAGUGCCCCAGCAAAAAAAACAAAAACAAAAAACGGGCUGUAGGUUCAUUUGGCCCACUCAUUUCCAACCCCCUCUAAGUUAUCCUCUGGGGGAUGGGGAAAUGAAGGACCCAUUUUGUGUGUGAGUGUGUGUGCGCGCGCACGCGCGUGUACAAACGGGGCCAGUCACGCAAAGGCUGGCUUGUCUUGCACAACCCAUUGCUUCAAAACAAAAUGCCCUUUCUUCUUCUUCUUCUUAGAACGUGGUUGUUCAACAAGUUCUCUGAGAAUAAUUGGGGGGAGGGACACAGAGGAAGGGGUGUCUGGAUUUGAAGCAGGCCGUUUCUGGGGCUGAGGGAGAGAGGAGAGACCAAGAACAACAUGGGGUAUGUGAACCCCUGUGUUUGGACUGCUUUAGAAGCCUUGACAUCACUUCUCCCCUUAAGUUAUUUUGUUUUUUUUACUCUGCACCACUGAGCUCCUCCAUGAUCACGAGGGCUAAGAAUCACACUCAGGGUGUCGGGAGCCCCGCAGCUCUUUCUGGCAUUGUAGUUACAGGAGACUGACUGCUCCUGGCCUUUAGAUGCAUUAAAAGGGGGGCGGGAGUAGAGGAUUCCCUUCUGAAGCCUGACUGGGAGUUGGGUGGCCCCAUUUUUCACCGAUUGAGGAUCUGUGCCUUUGAACAGCUUUGUAACAGGAAGAGAUCAAGGGGCCAGGCGCCUCGAUCCGCCCCAGGUUUUUUGCCAGCCGUUUAAAAGGACAACAACACACAUGCACGGCUUUCUUUGUGGGCUCAGCCCCUUGGCUCCCUAAAUGUAGCCUCUGGAUUCAGGGACAGUCCAGGCAACUCCCCAUUUAUAUGCAUUCAAGGCACCCGAGCUUCGUCACACACCCAGAAGUGGCAAAAGUGUCAUUUUAAGAGCGCGAUAGCAGCAAAAAUAUCGCCCAGCGAUCUCAGGUCUUUGCACCGACCUCUGAGGCCUGUGGAGAGUUGGGAGUUAGAGUCAGGAGGUUUGGAGGGAGCAAUUGUGGUGGAAUUUGGUGCAUUUUUAAAAAAAUGGUUUUUCAAGUCUUUCCAGAGGUUCAGAGGGUGUUUUCCGGCUUUUUCAACGGCGUUCCCAAAAUACGCAGUUUCACUUGGGAUGUAACCACUGCGUAAAAAUGGGGAGUUGUCUGUAUGCCUUCGAACGCCAGGUGCUGGGGACCGGUAAAUGGGGAGAGUUCUUGCCUUCCUGCCUCACUGGUCAGCUGUCGGAAACGGGAUGUAGACUAGACGGACUUUGAGUCUCAUCCAGGGAGACGGUACUUCGCUUCCAAAGUAAGCUGUCGGGGCAGGCGAAUGCCCUCGCUUUUGGCUAUCCACCCAUCAAAGCUUUGUGCAGAAUCUACGGACCAAAUGUUAUUGCGGAAGGGGCGGACACCUCCACCGCAAAAAAAUAAAAGAAAUAAGCGUGACUGAACGGCUUCAGGAAUCCUGGGACCAGGCAGGGCCGGUCCUCCCAUUAGGUAGAAUGAGGUGGCGGGUGUUGAGGGGCGCUUGGGCGGAGCCCUACUCAGCUGUUCCUCCUGAUUGGCUGUCCAGCAGUGACGCUUCCUCGGCUGCUUGCCUGACUGGCUGUGUUGCCUGUUCUCUGCGCAGCCUGACGGGAAAACUUUGCUGGCCUAACAAGGAAAAGCAGAAAAGCAGCCAGCCCCGGGCGCACGCUCUAGGAAGCGCUUCGUAAGCGCAUGUGCGCCUUGGCUCCUGGUGGUGCUGCUCUUUGCGGUGUCUGAGCUUGGCAGGGCAGUGAGCGAGCAGUGGGAGGAGGACGGAGCUUGAGUGCGGGCCAUAGAGAUGGCCCCCUAAACUAGCCUGCGGCCCUCAGGUGCCUCUGUAGCUAGUGGGGAAGCUAUCGUCUGCUGCAGGCAUCCCCAAACUGCGGCCCUCCAGAUGCUUUGGCCUACAACUCCCAUGAUCCCUAGCUAACAGGACCAGUGGCCAGGGAAGAUGGGAAUUGUAGUCCAAAACAUCUGGAGGGCCGAAGUUUGGGGAUGCCUGGUCUACUGAGUUGGUUUGCGUACAUGGAAAGCAAGAUUCCUGGAGACGUAGCCACCAUCCGGUGGUUCAGGGCCGCUGAGGAUGCUGGAAGGUGGGAAAGGAUGUUGGCGGACUUAGGCUAUAAACCAAGACAGGACUUGGCUGACCUGUCCUGGCCUGCAAUGGAGGGCCCAGGUGCACAUUCUCCAUACAGUCAUUCACGCCUGUCUCCUGUGGUCGUGGGCCCUGUCCACACCGUGCGUUGUGGCCAGCUAUGUUCUACUCAAGAGUAGACGCACUGGUUUUUCAAUCCUAAAUUAGUCACACCCAAUCGUUUUAAUGGAUCUGCCUUGAACGUUGGGAACAUCACCACACAGUUAAAACGGCCCUUGAACUCCCACCAAAGAAUCUCAGGAACUGUAGCUUGUCAAGGGGGCUGAGAGUUGCUAGGAGACCCCCCUUGUGCUACAGUUCCCUGCACCCUUAGUAAACUACAGUUCCCAGAAUUCUUUGGGGGCAAGGAGCCAUUGCUUAAGGUGACAGGAGGGUGUUUUUGCCACAGCUUUAGGCUGACUUAACAAUUCAUUCUCCCUUAACUGAGCAAAUGACGGGAGCACCAUUAAUAAGGCUUCGGCUAAUUCUGAGCACUCCUGGAACGCCACGAUCCCCCGGGGAGGAUGGGAGCCUCAGCAAACCCGAUAACAAGCUUGUAGUGUAGAUACGCCCUGGAAUAGCUCAGUAGGUUGAGCAUCAGACUCUUAAUCUCAGGGUCAUGCAUUCGAGCCCCCGUUGGGAAAAAGAUGCCUGCACUAUGGGGGAGGGGGUUGGAUUAGGUGACCCUCAUGGUCCCUUCAAACUGCGAUUCUAUAAAAAAGUUUAUAAAGAAACACAUUUGCUUUCUUCCCGCCUCUUCCAGUACUCUGGAUCCCAACCAUUGUUCCUUAGAUAGGACUUUUCUGGACUGCCGUGGUUCUGCCUCUCCCAAAAUCUUAAGGAGGCAGGGCUUCUUCCAGCCUUCAAAUGGCCUCCUCCUCCCAGGGACUCUUUAGUUGUGGCUCCUGCAUUGCUGCGGGUUAUGUCAAGGGGUGGGACUUCAACCCCCCCUUUUUCCAGGCUUCCUGAUGCUCCUUAGACUCUACCAUGCGCAGGCUACAAUGCUCUCCUCUCACCUCAUGAGGAAAGCAUGCGUGUGCGCAAAGGGACCGGUGUGUGUGAGUGUGCGGGGGGAGAUGUUGCCAUUCUCAACCCCACCAUCCCAUUAUUAUGACUGUGGGGGGGGGGUGUCUGCACAUGUGACAGGCCCAAGGAGUCCCAGGUGGGGGCCUCCAUCGCCAUGCUGUUGUAACUUCAGUGUGAGUUUGCAUCGAGACCACUGGUAUCUUCCUGUUUUCCUGGGGGGCGGGGUGGGGGCGAGGUAUAAAAGCUCCCCCCCCCACAUUCUCCCUCUCUCCUGCGCUCUCUCCUCCCGUCUCCAUGCAACACGGGCACAAUUCAAGAGAAGAGACUCUUUAUUGUGCAACACGAAUGCGGACGUGGAACUGUUAACCUAAAUUGGAGGGGGUGGGGGUGGGGGUGACGUUGGGACUUGUCGAUGUUGGAGCGAAAUAAAAAUUACUUCGAGUCCCCUC